AUGGCUCUCACACCUCCCUCCACCCCACCCUCUCCUUCCUCACCCACCAUCAACAACAACCUCUCGGACAUCUUCUCCGACUCGUCCCCCACCUCUCCCACCACAGCCGAUCCUUCAGAUAUCCCGCGCCUCCGUAGCACGCACUCCACAGCCGGCUACCGGGCCGGAAUCUCCGCUUCCAAACAGCGGUCCCUGCAGCCCGGUUUCGACGAAGGAUACUCCCUCGGCGCAGUCUUCGGGCUGCGUGUGGGUUACAUACUUGGGGCGUUAGAGGGAUUAUGUGCUGCCCAUUCGCAGGAGAGUGUGGACAGGAAGGGACUCGGGCAGUUGGUGAAGGAGGCGAGAGAGCAUCUGGCCAUUGAGAAGAUUUUUGGGAGGGAGUGGUGGGGUGAGGAUGGGAUCUGGAGGUAUCAGGUUCAGGGAAAGGGAGAGGAGGUUACGUUUCGGGAUGUGGUUGAUGCGCAUCCGCUUGUGAGGAGCUGGGUAGAGAGAGUAGACCAGGAGAUGAAGGUCGCAGGGGUAAAGGUGGGAAGGUUCGAGGGAAGGGAGUGGGAAGAAGGAAGAAUGGACAAGGAGGCAGGGUUGGGGUGA